AUGCCAAAACGCAAGAUUCAUAAAGACUUUAAAUUGCUUACGGUUAAAAAGUUGAUACAAGGCAAGGGCAAAAGUUACCGUACCGUGGAAGUGCCACUGGCAGAUGCUUUUCAUCCAAGACAAAACCGAAAAGCCUCCACAAAAAGCCCACAGGAAAAUGGAAAUCUGCUCGAACGUCUUGAUGGUGAUUUUAGGCGAGUGAGAAAAGUCAACUCAGGAACCAGCCAAUCCGAUCCCAAAUACAAUAAUUACAUGCUCAUUCCAAAAGAAGAGUUUGAUGACUUUGCUCAUGACUAUGAUGAUUGUGUCUCUUCUGAUGCUCCUGAUUCUAGCGAUUUCGAAACUGGAGAUGCUCAAAGGGCCCAAAAUAAAGCUUGUCAACUUGACACCACAGGGGUAUUUGGAGCUGAAUGUAUGGCCGGCUUUCUGAACAUGAAACAUGGAGAACGUCAGCAGGGUGCAUCAAGAAGAACUCCAAACACUACCAAGAGGAAAACAAGUGCAUAUCACUGUUUUAUGCAACAGUAUUUGUCUUCUGAAGGCGGUUGUGACAAAAAGAAGAGAUUUAAACAAGCUGCAGAAGAAUGGAAGAAGUUAUCAGAAGAGAACAAGGCUCAAUACAUGGAAAUGGCCAGCAAGAUGGGGACAAAACCUCCUCAAGUGUUGGGAUCUACAGCCACCUUCCAGGGAUAUGUGAAGAAAAUGGCUGGUUGUGUGGAAACAAUGUGUUCACAAGUAGAUGAGCAAUCCCUUGACUGGCUGCUGGUAUGCAGUCACCCAAGAUUGGGACUCCAAGGCACAUUUGGGAGUAAAUUAGGGAAGGGUGUUGGAGAAGAGUUGAAUGUUGGCGAAAGGAUGAUUGCAGCCGCAAUAAAUAAAGAUAAACACGCUUCAGUAAGGCAAGCCAGUCGUGAAGAGCUACGCAUUAGUGUGAUGGAGCUGUUCAAUGAAAAAUACAAGGCAGUCACUGGGAAAAAGCAGCUGUCUUACAAGGCUGUCCAGGAGGGCAGAGUGAUAUGUGAUGGUUUACCACCACAAAUCCCUCUGAAGAAGCCGACAGCUUAUAGUAAAAAGGCCCUCCAAAACAUCCUUAUGAACAAGGACUGUAUAUCAUUCAGAGUGUCCCCACAGCCUUCUUCAGACAACGCUUCUACUUCAACUUGCCAGGCAGCAGGUGGAGUUAACACUGAGAUCCACCCUGAGCCUGCUACUUCUGGUAUUUUGCUGUCUGAAGUAAACACACUCGAGCAAGAAGUAGAAAUACCAGAAGACUUGGCUACCCUUCAAAGUAUGAUGGAGCCAAAUAAAGACACAGAUUCAGAUUUGUACAUAGUGGAACGCAUCACGGACAAGAAAAAUGAAGGAGGAAAAUUGUACUACUUAGUUAAGUGGCAGGACUAUAAAAUACAAACCUGGGAGCCUGCCUCGAAUAUUCCCCCCGCAAUGCGUGCUGCGUACCAAAAUAAGUAGUGAAAGGUAGCGACAACAUUUGUUUUUAGUCAACACAAUGCUUUUAGUCAACAUAAACCACCCCAACUCAUCAUUAUCAUUACAUGGUAUUACCACAAAACUUUACUGUGGGGGCAUUCGAUUAGCUUCCCUGGGUCGACCCUGAUCUACCCUGGUACAUUCGAA